AUGGACACCUGUGAGGAGGAUCGCUUCUCAGGCGGCGGGGGCGGGGGCGGGGGAGGGGAGGAGGAGGGGGGGAGAGAGAGGACAGACAGUCUCAAACGCCGAGGCGGAGACCGAAGAGGGCAAGGGGAAGGAGGCGAGGAGAAGAAGGCAAGGAGAAGAAGGCAAGGAGAAGAAGGCAAGGAGAAGAAGGCAAGGAGAAGAAGGCAAGGAGAAGAAGGCAAGGAGAAGAAGGCAAGGAGAAGAAGGCAAGGACAAGAAGGCAAGGACAAGAAGGCAAGGACAAGAAGGCAAGGACAAGAAGGCAAGGACAAGAAGGCAAGGACAAGAAGGCAAGCAGAAGAAGGCAAGCACAAGAAGGCAAGCACAAGAAGGCAAGCACAAGAAGGCAAGCACAAGAAGGCAAGCACAAGAAGGCGAGGACAAGAAGGCGAGGACAAGAAGGCGAGGACAAGAAGGCGAGGACAAGAAGGCGAGGACAAGAAGGCGAGGACAAGAAGGCGAGGACAAGAAGGCGAGGACAAGAAGGCGAGGACAAGAAGGCGAGGACAAGAAGGCGAGGACAAGAAGGCGAGGACAAGAAGGCGAGGACAAGAAGGCGAGGACAAGAAGGCGAGGACAAGAAGGCGAGGACAAGAAGGCGAGGACAAGAAGGCGAGGACAAGAAGGCGAGGACAAGAAGGCGAGGACAAGAAGGCGAGGACAAGAAGGCGAGGACAAGAAGGCGAGGACAAGAAGGCGAGGACAAGAAGGCGAGGACAAGAAGGCGAGGACAAGAAGGCGAGGACAAGAAGGCGAGGACAAGAAGGCGAGGACAAGAAGGCGAGGACAAGAAGGCGAGGACAAGAAGGCGAGGACAAGAAGGCGAGGACAAGAAGGCGAGGACAAGAAGGCGAGGACAAGAAGGCGAGGACAAGAAGGCAAGGACAAGAAGGCAAGGACAAGAAGGCAAGGAGAAGAAGGCAAGGAGAAGAAGGCAAGGAGAAGAAGGCAAGGACAAGAAGGCAAGGACAAGAAGGCAAGGACAAGAAGGCAAGGACAAGAAGGCAAGGACAAGAAGGCAAGGACAAGAAGGCAAGGACAAGAAGGCAAGGACAAGAAGGCAAGGACAAGAAGGCAAGGAGAAGAAGGCAAGGAGAAGAAGGCAAGGAGAAGAAGGCAAGGAGAAGAAGGCAAGGAGAAGAAGGCAAGGAGAAGAAGGCAAGGAGAAGAAGGCAAGGAGAAGAAGGCAAGGAGAAGAAGGCAAGGAGAAGAAGGCAAGGAGAAGAAGGCAAGGAGAAGAAGGCAAGGAGAAGAAGGCAAGGAGAAGAAGGCAAGGAGAAGAAGGCAAGGAGAAGAAGGCAAGGAGAAGAAGGCAAGGAGAAGAAGGCAAGGAGAAGAAGGCAAGGAGAAGAAGGCAAGGAGAAGAAGGCAAGGAGAAGAAGGCAAGGAGAAGAAGGCAAGGAGAAGAAGGCAAGGAGAAGAAGGCAAGGAGAAGAAGGCAAGGAGAAGAAGGCAAGGAGAAGAAGGCAAGGAGAAGAAGGCAAGGAGAAGAAGGCAAGGAGAAGAAGGCAAGGAGAAGAAGGCAAGGAGAAGAAGGCAAGGAGAAGAAGGCAAGGAGAAGAAGGCAAGGAGAAGAAGGCAAGGAGAAGAAGGCAAGGAGAAGAAGGCAAGGAGAAGAAGGCAAGGAGAAGAAGGCAAGGAGAAGAAGGCAAGGAGAAGAAGGCAAGGAGAAGAAGGCAAGGAGAAGAAGGCAAGGAGAAGAAGGCAAGGAGAAGAAGGCAAGGAGAAGAAGGCAAGGAGAAGAAGGCAAGGAGAAGAAGGCAAGGAGAAGAAGGCAAGGAGAAGAAGGCAAGGAGAAGAAGGCAAGGAGAAGAAGGCAAGGAGAAGAAGGCAAGGAGAAGAAGGCAAGGAGAAGAAGGCAAGGAGAAGAAGGCAAGGAGAAGAAGGCAAGGAGAAGAAGGCAAGGAGAAGAAGGCAAGGAGAAGAAGGCAAGGAGAAGAAGGCAAGGAGAAGAAGGCAAGGAGAAGAAGGCAAGGAGAAGAAGGCAAGGAGAAGAAGGCAAGGAGAAGAAGGCAAGGAGAAGAAGGCAAGGAGAAGAAGGCAAGGAGAAGAAGGCAAGGAGAAGAAGGCAAGGAGAAGAAGGCAAGGACAAGCAAGGACAAGAAGGCAAGGACAAGAAGGCAAGGACAAGAAGGCAAGGACAAGAAGGCAAGGACAAGAAGGCAAGGACAAGAAGGCAAGGAGAAGAAGGCAAGGAGAAGAAGGCAAGGAGAAGAAGGCAAGGAGAAGAAGGCAAGGAGAAGAAGGCAAGGAGAAGAAGGCAAGGAGAAGAAGGCAAGGAGAAGAAGGCAAGGAGAAGAAGGCAAGGAGAAGAAGGCAAGGAGAAGAAGGCAAGGAGAAGAAGGCAAGGAGAAGAAGGCAAGGAGAAGAAGGCAAGGAGAAGAAGGCAAGGAGAAGAAGGCAAGGAGAAGAAGGCAAGGAGAAGAAGGCAAGGAGAAGAAGGCAAGGAGAAGAAGGCAAGGAGAAGAAGGCAAGGAGAAGAAGGCAAGGAGAAGAAGGCAAGGAGAAGAAGGCAAGGAGAAGAAGGCAAGGAGAAGAAGGCAAGGAGAAGAAGGCAAGGAGAAGAAGGCAAGGAGAAGAAGGCAAGGAGAAGAAGGCAAGGAGAAGAAGGCAAGGAGAAGAAGGCAAGGAGAAGAAGGCAAGGAGAAGAAGGCAAGGAGAAGAAGGCAAGGAGAAGAAGGCAAGGAGAAGAAGGCAAGGAGAAGAAGGCAAGGAGAAGAAGGCAAGGAGAAGAAGGCAAGGAGAAGAAGGCAAGGAGAAGAAGGCAAGGAGAAGAAGGCAAGGAGAAGAAGGCAAGGAGAAGAAGGCAAGGAGAAGAAGGCAAGGAGAAGAAGGCAAGGAGAAGAAGGCAAGGAGAAGAAGGCAAGGAGAAGAAGGCAAGGAGAAGAAGGCAAGGAGAAGAAGGCAAGGAGAAGAAGGCAAGGAGAAGAAGGCAAGGAGAAGAAGGCAAGGAGAAGAAGGCAAGGAGAAGAAGGCAAGGAGAAGAAGGCAAGGAGAAGAAGGCAAGGAGAAGAAGGCAAGGAGAAGAAGGCAAGGAGAAGAAGGCAAGGAGAAGAAGGCAAGGAGAAGAAGGCAAGGAGAAGAAGGCAAGGAGAAGAAGGCAAGGAGAAGAAGGCAAGGAGAAGAAGGCAAGGAGAAGAAGGCAAGGAGAAGAAGGCAAGGAGAAGAAGGCAAGGAGAAGAAGGCAAGGAGAAGAAGGCAAGGAGAAGAAGGCAAGGAGAAGAAGGCAAGGAGAAGAAGGCAAGGAGAAGAAGGCAAGGAGAAGAAGGCAAGGAGAAGAAGGCAAGGAGAAGAAGGCAAGGAGAAGAAGGCAAGGAGAAGAAGGCAAGGAGAAGAAGGCAAGGAGAAGAAGGCAAGGAGAAGAAGGCAAGGAGAAGAAGGCAAGGAGAAGAAGGCAAGGAGAAGAAGGCAAGGAGAAGAAGGCAAGGAGAAGAAGGCAAGGAGAAGAAGGCAAGGAGAAGAAGGCAAGGAGAAGAAGGCAAGGAGAAGAAGGCAAGGAGAAGAAGGCAAGGAGAAGAAGGCAAGGAGAAGAAGGCAAGGAGAAGAAGGCAAGGAGAAGAAGGCAAGGAGAAGAAGGCAAGGAGAAGAAGGCAAGGAGAAGAAGGCAAGGAGAAGAAGGCAAGGAGAAGAAGGCAAGGAGAAGAAGGCAAGGAGAAGAAGGCAAGGAGAAGAAGGCAAGGAGAAGAAGGCAAGGAGAAGAAGGCAAGGAGAAGAAGGCAAGGAGAAGAAGGCAAGGAGAAGAAGGCAAGGAGAAGAAGGCAAGGAGAAGAAGGCAAGGAGAAGAAGGCAAGGAGAAGAAGGCAAGGAGAAGAAGGCAAGGAGAAGAAGGCAAGGAGAAGAAGGCAAGGAGAAGAAGGCAAGGAGAAGAAGGCAAGGAGAAGAAGGCAAGGAGAAGAAGGCAAGGAGAAGAAGGCAAGGAGAAGAAGGCAAGGAGAAGAAGGCAAGGAGAAGAAGGCAAGGAGAAGAAGGCAAGGAGAAGAAGGCAAGGAGAAGAAGGCAAGGAGAAGAAGGCAAGGAGAAGAAGGCAAGGAGAAGAAGGCAAGGAGAAGAAGGCAAGGAGAAGAAGGCAAGGAGAAGAAGGCAAGGAGAAGAAGGCAAGGAGAAGAAGGCAAGGAGAAGAAGGCAAGGAGAAGAAGGCAAGGAGAAGAAGGCAAGGAGAAGAAGGCAAGGAGAAGAAGGCAAGGAGAAGAAGGCAAGGAGAAGAAGGCAAGGAGAAGAAGGCAAGGAGAAGAAGGCAAGGAGAAGAAGGCAAGGAGAAGAAGGCAAGGAGAAGAAGGCAAGGAGAAGAAGGCAAGGAGAAGAAGGCAAGGAGAAGAAGGCAAGGAGAAGAAGGCAAGGAGAAGAAGGCAAGGAGAAGAAGGCAAGGAGAAGAAGGCAAGGAGAAGAAGGCAAGGAGAAGAAGGCAAGGAGAAGAAGGCAAGGAGAAGAAGGCAAGGAGAAGAAGGCAAGGAGAAGAAGGCAAGGAGAAGAAGGCAAGGAGAAGAAGGCAAGGAGAAGAAGGCAAGGAGAAGAAGGCAAGGAGAAGAAGGCAAGGAGAAGAAGGCAAGGAGAAGAAGGCAAGGAGAAGAAGGCAAGGAGAAGAAGGCAAGGAGAAGAAGGCAAGGAGAAGAAGGCAAGGAGAAGAAGGCAAGGAGAAGAAGGCAAGGAGAAGAAGGCAAGGAGAAGAAGGCAAGGAGAAGAAGGCAAGGAGAAGAAGGCAAGGAGAAGAAGGCAAGGAGAAGAAGGCAAGGAGAAGAAGGCAAGGAGAAGAAGGCAAGGAGAAGAAGGCAAGGAGAAGAAGGCAAGGAGAAGAAGGCAAGGAGAAGAAGGCAAGGAGAAGAAGGCAAGGAGAAGAAGGCAAGGAGAAGAAGGCAAGGAGAAGAAGGCAAGGAGAAGAAGGCAAGGAGAAGAAGGCAAGGAGAAGAAGGCAAGGAGAAGAAGGCAAGGAGAAGAAGGCAAGGAGAAGAAGGCAAGGAGAAGAAGGCAAGGAGAAGAAGGCAAGGAGAAGAAGGCAAGGAGAAGAAGGCAAGGAGAAGAAGGCAAGGAGAAGAAGGCAAGGAGAAGAAGGCAAGGAGAAGAAGGCAAGGAGAAGAAGGCAAGGAGAAGAAGGCAAGGAGAAGAAGGCAAGGAGAAGAAGGCAAGGAGAAGAAGGCAAGGAGAAGAAGGCAAGGAGAAGAAGGCAAGGAGAAGAAGGCAAGGAGAAGAAGGCAAGGAGAAGAAGGCAAGGAGAAGAAGGCAAGGAGAAGAAGGCAAGGAGAAGAAGGCAAGGAGAAGAAGGCAAGGAGAAGAAGGCAAGGAGAAGAAGGCAAGGAGAAGAAGGCAAGGAGAAGAAGGCAAGGAGAAGAAGGCAAGGAGAAGAAGGCAAGGAGAAGAAGGCAAGGAGAAGAAGGCAAGGAGAAGAAGGCAAGGAGAAGAAGGCAAGGAGAAGAAGGCAAGGAGAAGAAGGCAAGGAGAAGAAGGCAAGGAGAAGAAGGCAAGGAGAAGAAGGCAAUGAGAAGAAGGCAAUGA